ACGUGAAAGGGUAAAUCCCUGUGCCCCGCAGUCUUAUCCCGCCCUGACGUCCCUGCAAACCAGCCAGAGGGUUAACCGUAAGCGGGUGCCUGUAUGGCCGCUUUACUGAUGCCACGCAGGAACAAAGGGAUGAGGACUCGACUGGGAUGCCUGUCACACAAGUCAGACUCCUGUAGUGAUUUCACAGCUAUUCUUCCCGACAAACCCAACCGUGCUCUAAAGAGAUUAUCCACAGAAGAAGCUACGAGGUGGGCAGAUUCCUUUGAUGUGCUUCUCUCUCAUAAGUAUGGGGUGGCUGCGUUCCGUGCCUUCUUGAAGACGGAGUUCAGCGAGGAGAACCUGGAGUUCUGGUUGGCCUGUGAGGAGUUCAAGAAGACCAGGUCAACCACAAAACUGGUCUCCAAGGCCCAUAGGAUCUUCGAGGAGUUUGUGGACGUGCAGGCUCCGAGGGAGGUAAACAUAGACUUCCAGACCCGAGAAGCCACGAGGAAGAACAUGCAAGAGCCAUCUCUGACUUGUUUUGACCAAGCCCAGGGAAAAGUACACAGCCUCAUGGAGAAAGACUCUUACCCCAGGUUCCUGAGGUCCAAAAUGUACUUAGAUUUGCUGUCCCAAAACCAGAGGAGGCUCAGUUAGACCUCAGAUGGGGACUCCUGGAGAUCACUGGCUUUCCCCUCCCCUUGCUGCCAAGACCAUAUUCUAAUGUGAAAUGUCAU